CCUCAACCUCAACCUCAACCUCACUUCAUACGAACUCCCUAUCCCUCCUCGUCUCUGAUCGACAGUUAGAGGCCUCGUCACUGCUGUCUUAGCGUUCUCGUUCCAACCGCGACCAGCUCCUCCAACCAUGAUCUCGCCCAGCACGGCCAUCCCCAUUGUCAAUUGACGAUGGCAACCAACAACCACCACCCUCCAUCGACGCCCCCCCCCUCUACCAACCUUACACCUCCUCUGCCUACAUCCAGUCCUCCUCCUGACCAUGUCAACCUUCGAGUCACCUACCUUCUAACGGGAAAUCCGAGACCGCCCUAUUCACUUGGCAGUGUCCCGCUCUCGACCACCGUGGCCGAUUUGAAAUCGAGAAUCCAGGCCGAGUUGCCAGAACGCCCCCCUCCAACACAACAGCGACUCAUCUACCAGGGCCGACCUCUACUUCGAGGUGAAGAUACAUUGUCUAAUGUCUUGAGGAUAGACCCCGGCACUCCCACUGGUCCAUUGCCGUAUACCCUCCAUAUCAUUAUCCAAUCCCCACAUCCAACAUCCCAACCCAGUGCACCACCACAACAGUCAAACACUUCCAACAAUGCAACACCGACCGAUCAACCAAAUCAGCGCAUUCCUAGCCUUUUCGCGGCUGUAGAACAUCAAACCAAUAAUUUACAAGAUGCGCUUUCUCGCAUUCAACAGUCGAUCGAAUCCAACAGAGCCGAUCUACGCUCCGUUCAGCAGCGGAUAGCUGUACAGCAGCAUCAGCACCAGCACCGUGCCUCUCCGAUACCUCCUACUCUUGCUUCGACACCACAUAAUCCCUCCCAACAGGCUCAGAUCCACCAACCGAGCCAGACCGGCCUACCACCACGAUCUCAACUUCCCCACAUCCUCCAACACCAUGGUCUCCACAAUCUAUACCGACCACAACCUCUUGCCCCAGGCUCGGAGACCGUCACUCCAUCCAACCCUCAAUUACAGGAGUUUGUCGGGCCAAAUGGGGAGCGUAUGACCGUCAUGACUGAUCACACCAGUAUUCGAAUCCCCUUGCCCCGCCCUGCUUCUGCUCCUGGUCAGCCAGCAACCAGUCAAUCCUCUGCCGCACCCAAUUCCCGAUCUUCUCCCCCUGUUCCACCUCCUCCAAGGGCUCCCAUGGCGCCUCAUGCACCACAGUGGCCUCAGAUGCCACAUCUGCAACACGCCUUUCCCGCAUCUCUGUUCCAUGCUCAUCUUGCUCCCCUGCUUGGCCAGCAGCUCCCUUCCAGCCAACCCCAACCCCAAAACACGAUUGCAUGGCUGUUAUCGUCACCCUCUGGCCCGGAAGCGCUUGUCUUUGCCCCCGGUCAUGGCUACUUUACUUCAUCUACCACUAUGACCAACGUUGUCCAUGAGGCAAGCCGAACCAACAAUACUUCUCACGUUGCCCCAGAAGUCCAAUCGGUCAACAACCAACCAAAUCCCACUGGACGACAACCAGAUGCCGCCAACCCCGAACGAGCUGUGGUUCCACAAGACCCAAGGCCCGGCCCACUUCGACGGCCACAUGGUCAGGAAGCCAACGCCGAUGACAUGUUCGGCUUUCUCAUUCAGCGUAUAUGGUUGUUUCUGAGAUUAUAUCUCUUCAUGUUUGUCUUCUCCGAGCCCGGCUCAUGGAAGCGGUGGGCCAUGAUCCUGGUUGCUACAAUUGUUUGCUUGCAACCUCGGAAUGGCCCUUUGACCCGAGCCUUCGCAGCCGCUCGCCAACACAUGGACAAUCUCAUCGGCCCGCCUCGACCCCAAGAUCAGGCCCGAGGACCGGCUAGACGUGCAGGACCCCGGCGUGGACCAACGGCGACAGACCAUGAUGCAGGAGAAACACCUGCACAGCGACCAGCCAAUGUUCGAGGGGCGCUUGAGAUAACACCUCAAGAGGCCGCGGCUAGACUGUUGCGAGAACACGCAGAACAGACACCGAGUGUGUGGCGCAAUGCCUUGUACCGAGUCGAACAGAGUGCAGCUCUCUUCCUGGCCAGUCUGAUUCCUGGCGUGGGAGAACGACAUGUGCGAGCCAGAGAGGAGGCAAGAAGAGAGAUUCGGAGGUUAGAGGAGGAGAGGGCGAGAGCAGAAGAGGAGGCCGCUGCACAUGCCCAACAAGAGUCGUCGAAUACCGGAAUUUUAGCGACUGAUGAACAGCCAGAGCAUCAGACCGGGAGUGGUGAUGAUGUCCUGGACGGGCAAGCCAGUCACUCGAAGAGCGAGGACCGUGAUGAUACAACCGAGAGAUCUGGGAUCUCGAGUGGUGUUGAGAUUACAGACUCUACAGCAAAUGAAGGAGAAUUACGCAGUCGGACAGAACAAAACUAGCGGAACCAGGGUGGAAUGUAAUCCUAGACACACGUGCAGCGAUUGAGCGAGAAUUUUGUUCAUACUUGGGCGAUGCAUUGGAUCAAGGUGCUUGUGCUUGUGCUUGUGCUUGUGCAUGGGUAAAAGAUUUACAAUUUCACAGAGAUAGAUUGGUGCCAACAGUCGACCAGACAUUGAAUUAAUUGAUCAUGACUACGGAUAGAUUAUCUGGAG